CUCCUGCUGCUUCUAAGUUUCUUCAAAACUUUUUAGAUGCACACACACUCAUACACACACACACACACACACACACGCGCGCACACAGCUGGAAGACGUGGUGCAGCUCGGUUUAACUCGACCACGAGCUUUUGGACUUUAGGAUGUCUCGUGCGCUCCUAUUUAUUUAACCGAAUUAAUGUUGUUAUAGGAGCAGAGACACAAUGUGUUUUUAAUUUCUUUUUCUUAUUAUAUUUUCCGUUUUAGUUUUUUUUUUCUUUUCCUUUCCCGUCCCCAGUCCAAACGAGCCGAGCGCGCGCGCGAGAUGCCAGCAUGCGCCCGGUGACGCUUCCGCUGCUGCUGUUCGUCUGUCUCGCGCUCCGGAGACCGGCGGCGUGCGUGGAGCGUGUGUCCACGCGCGAGCGCUUUAAGGUGGUCAUCGCGCCGCUCAUCUGCAAGCGCACGUGCGAGCGCAACGGUCAGUGCCGCGACACGUGUGAACAGGGAGACAACACGACUCUGAUCGGGGAGAACGGACAGGCCGCCGACACGCUCACCGGACACGGCUUCAGAGUCGUGGUGUGUCCCCUAACCUGUCUAAAUGGAGGUGUAUGUAGUAACCGUACACAGUGUCUGUGCCCACCGGGUUUCACAGGCAGACUGUGUCAGUAUCCUCUCCGCACUCAGGCCUCACGUGGCAACAAGCAACCUGUCUACACACUACAGGUAAGGCCGGAUGGUCAAGGUCUGUCGGAUUCAAAUGGACGCCAGCAGCUCACACACUCAGUGUUCACCCUGCCACUGUCCCAGGGCAACGGCCACCACUCGUCUGAGGUGCAGUUUAACGUACGCGUCCACCACUCACCAGACACCUCAGUCGUCAUCCAGCCUUUCGACCAAUCAGAGACCAAGCUUCCUAAAGGUGUGACCCGUCUUCCUUCACAGACACAAAAGCCCAGGGGGCGGUGCUUUCAGGAGACCACGCCUAAGCAAGCUUGUCUCAGUAACCCUCUCCCUGGCCUGACGAAUCAGGAGGACUGCUGUGGCAGUGUGGGAAAUUCCUGGGGUCAAAACACAUGCCACAAAUGCCUAAAGCUCCCAUAUGCUGGGAAGCCGCAGACGAUAAUCGAGGAAUUUGGCCCAUGUCCUCGAGGUUACAAAAGAUUAAACCGAACACACUGCAAAGAUAUUAACGAGUGUAUGAUGCAGGGUGUUUGUCAGAAUGGAGAGUGUUUGAACACACAGGGAAGUUUUCGCUGCACCUGCAAACCUGGAUACAGCCUGAAUGGUGCGCCUUACCAACGCUGUGUUGCAGCGGAUCAGGGGCUGUGUUUCCUCAUGGUGACCGAGGCAGGUCGUUGUGAACACGGUCUCCCCACCAACCUGUCGAGAGAGAUCUGCUGCUGCACGGUGGGCAAAGCCUGGGGCUCCAACUGUGAGAGAUGCCCACAGGAUGGCACUGCCUCCUUUACUAAGAUCUGUCCUGCAGGAAAAGGAAUGUCGUACCUGCAAUUUCGCAGCACUUUGGCCAUCCAGCCUGACAUCGAGCAGAUUCUACCUCACAAAGAGAUCAAACUGCUGGAAGUUCCUGUCCAGGUGACCACACCCAUGCAGCAUCAGCCAAUCAGCACACAUGUCCCUCGCAUCCCAGUUAUCAUCCCCAAGCCUACGACACAUCCCAUAAUCCACAUUCCCCGGGAGAAAGAGACUCUGGUGGUGGCACAGACGCAGGUCUCGCAGGUAGAUGAAUGCAAACUUAACAGGAACAUCUGCGGUCAUGGAGAGUGUAUAAACACACACAAUGGCUUCACGUGUCAGUGCAAGGCUGGAUACCGUCCUCACACCCAGAGGAAGAGCUGCGUUGAUGUGAACGAGUGUGAAGGGGAGCCAUGCGGUCACGGCCGAGGCACCUGCAUCAACACUGUCGGCUCCUACCACUGCAACUGUCACCCCGGCAACCAGCUGAUAGGACACGUGAAACCGCGCUGUGUGGAUAUAAACGAGUGCUCGUCUCCGGAUAUCUGUGGGACUAACGGACAGUGUGUGAACCUGCCCGGCUCUUACAAGUGCGAAUGUCUGCCAGGUUUCAGGAGCAAGUCACGAAGACAACCUGUGUGUGAAGAUAUUAAUGAGUGUUUGGAUCCUGCUAAGUGUCCUGACGCACAGUGUGAGAACACGCUUGGGUCGUACGAGUGUAUUCCCUGCCAGCCUGGACACAAGGUGCAUGGAGGAGUGUGUUACGAUGUGAACGAGUGUCAGAAGAGAGGCGUGUGUGUGAACGGCCGGUGCGAGAACUUACCUGGGACGUACCGGUGUCUCUGUAACGAGGGCUUCCGGCCCGAGGUAGACAGCAAGGGCUGCCGGGAUAUUAACGAGUGCCAGGACACCCGUUUGUGUGCAAAUGGGCACUGCAUAAACACUGAGGGCUCGUUUCAUUGCCAGUGUUACCCUGGAUACCAGCCGACCCAAGAGGGCAGCCACUGUGAGGAUAUAAACGAGUGUGAGCAUGCGUCCAGCUGCCACAGGGGGCGCUGCAUCAACACCAUGGGAUCCUAUCGCUGUGAGUGCCAGAAAGGAUACAUGCUCAUUAACGGACGCAGAUGCCAAGACAUAGAUGAGUGUGAGCUGGACAGAAGUCUGUGCCAACCUCACGGAGUGUGUGAGAACAGGCAGGGCGGAUAUGUGUGUGUGUGUAACGACGGCUUCGUUCUGUCCGAGGACAAGCACAGCUGCGAAGAGGUGGUACAGUAUCUGGACAAUAAGAAGGAGUGUUACCUGAACCUGGAUGACACGGUGUUCUGUGACAGCGUUCUGGCCACCAACGUGACCAAACAGGAAUGCUGCUGCUCAGUGGGAGUGGGCUGGGGGGAUCACUGUGAGAUUUACCCCUGCCCUGUCUAUCACUCUGCGGAGUAUGUCUCUCUGUGUCCAAUGGGACGAGGCUUUUACCAUGAGGAAAAGAUGGGGUACGGCCUGCUGGCGCGCAGAGACAUAGACGAGUGUGUGUUAUUUGCAAAUGAAAUCUGUAAAGAGGGUCGAUGUAUAAACACACUGCCCGGAUUUGAGUGUUAUUGUCAACAGGGUUACUAUUACGACAGCAACCUUCUCGAGUGUAUAGAUGUGGACGAGUGUCACGAUGAGUCUCUGUGCACAAACGGUCACUGUGUGAACACACGUGGCUCCUUUUACUGCACCUGUAACGCCCCAUGGACCCCAGACACCAGCAACAAGAUGUGUGUCCUGCCUACAGACUUAGGCAUAAACGAAUGUCAGGACCCGUCAAACUGUAAAAACGGACGAUGUGUGGACACGCAGGAUUCUUUCUACUGCAUCUGUACACCGCCCUGGAUCCUCGGCACCGACCGCAACAGCUGCGUCACGCCGGAGGAACAGGCCGUAAUGUCUGUGGUGACCCUUUCAGAUGUGAAUGAGUGUCUGGACCCGUCAUACUGCAGGAACGGGAGGUGUGUGAACACUCCCGGCUCCUUCCACUGCAUCUGCACUCAGCCGCGUACCUUCAGCGCCGCACUCAAGCAGUGCGUCUACGACGACCGUACAGCAGCCCAUAAGGAUGUUUGUUUUGAAGAAGUGGACGAAGACCUGAUCUGUACCGUCCCACGGCCAGGGCUGGCAGUCACUUACUCCGAGUGCUGCUGCCAUUACGGUCACGGCUGGGGCCCCGAAUGCCGCACGUGCCCUCAAAGAAACUCUGUGAUCUUUAACAGGCUGUGUGAGAUGCACCUGGAGACCGAGUCGGACGGUGACUCAGACUUCGUAGCACCUUUCAGUUAUAACCCAGAGCGGGACAGUUCAGAGGAAGACUCAGACGAGUGCAGCUGUGCUAACGGGCGAUGUGUCCGUUCGUACCUGGGUACCAUGUGUGAGUGUAACCCGGGCUUUAGACUGGAUCAUUCACGGACGCGCUGUGUAGAUAUAGACGAGUGUACGGAACGAGGGAUCAGCCGCUUAAACCCGUGUAAAAACGCCCGCUGUGUGAACACUAUAGGUUCCUUCAAGUGCAUCUGCAAAAAUGGGCAUUGUACCCACAGACACAGCACAAGACACGUGUACACACACAAGAACACUAAGUAAAACACACACACACAUACACAAGCUUUCGCUCAUCAUCGUCCACCCUCCUGUAGAUUUCAUUGGUUGAUUAUGUUUUGUGGAUUCCUGUAAACAUUUCUUCCCUUUCUUUUUUAAUUCAGCUGAAGUCCUGUUUAUAAUUAUGGUGUGAUGUCAUUUUUUUUUUUUUUUACAUGUACAUGUUAAGAAUCCCUUCCCUCAUCCUUCAAAUUAUCCUCCUUAUCUUUGAGUUCUUUUUGCACAACUUUUGAUCCUGAAUUUUAGUGUAGUUUUUGGAUGGAGACGGAUGCCGUACUUUCGACCUAAGAGAAGCCUCAGUUCAGUUAAUAGUAAUUUUUUUUUUUUUGGGAGAGAACCUUUUGGGUAACCUUUGCGGUAAGCGCGUCUAGCCGUUCGUGCUGCGUGCUUGCCGACGAGUCAGUAUUUAAACGAACCGGGCGCCGGGCUGUAAACUUCAUCCGUGUUCAUAUGAAGCCAAUUUGCAUUUAUGCCGUAUUUAUAUGUACGAAGUUACGUUAUGCCGUCGAUACUUAGUGCGUAUCCAACAAAUGUAGACGUAUUUACAGACUGGAACACUAAGUGCAGUUAGCAUCUUGCCUGGAUUUGCACUAAUUCCUAAAGAAAAAGGAAAUGAAAUCUAACGUGUUCAGAUCUCACACUAAAAGCACUCUUCGGUACCCAGAACAUUUUUUAUAGACAUUCCUGUAACACCGCUGCAAAGUUUUAAGCCUCGAUUAUCAAUAUUCGACUUAAUGUUCUCCUGUACAAUUAGCCACGCCCACAGUACUCCAUAUAAGGCAAAGCACACAGAGAUCAAAGCAGCAUCUAAAUAGAAAACACGCGUGGUCUCGUACAAGGUGCCGUUACUUCGGUGUUAAAUGAGUAGCUAGAAAUAUCUCUCUUAAUGUAUGGAUUUGUUUUGGAAAGCUUUUUCUUCCUAUGAAAGCAUCUUGGUGAGAAGAUGUUAAAUUCCGGUGGAGACAGAAACACUGCAGAAACACUUAACACUAUGCGUGAUCUGAGCACACCGGCUUUGCGUACUAUAAGCUGUCUGGUCUUUCCGUCUCGUUUUCAUUCUAAGAUGUAUUUUUUUUUUUUUUUUUUUUUUUGUAAUUCGCUACAU